GGCGAUCCCCUAAACACCUAAGUUUCUUUUUUCAAGUUUCGUAACGGAACGAUGAAGAUCGAUGAAGACAUUAUAAUUUGAUGAAAUGCGGAAAUUGACGUGUUUUUGCAACUGACAAUUUUCCAGUUCUAAAAUGAUGCUGAGGAGUAUCAUCGGUGCUUGACGAUCGACCGGUUUGCGCGAGUUUUGCAGCGAUGGAUACCUUCGAGAGGCAAGUUGCGGAAAUGGAGUCGUCUGUCAAAGCUAAGGAGGGCAGAGCGAGGCGACGCUCGGCCUCGGCCUACAGCAAUGACUCUUCGAGGAACAAGAAGAGGCGAAACGUAUGCAGUAAGGAUAAGAGACGAAAGUCGAAGCAUAGAAGUAGUUCGAAUAGUUCCAGUUCUUCCAGUGUUUCAAGUGCGGACAGAAAUGCACCGAAUAAAGUAAGGAGAAGUACGGAGUACAAGAGUAAGAGGUGCGAGAACGGCAUGGAAGUGCAGAGAAGGGGUGAAAAGUAUGGCAACAAUUAUAGAUCGUACAAUAGGAGAUACGGUAGUAACUUCCCAGAUAAUCAGAGGGGUCGUGACUAUCCCAAUUCACGUCCUUAUAGAUACUACAAUCAUUACGAUAGAAAUAAGAGAGAUAUGCAUAACAAUUAUCGUUAUCACAGAUACAACAGCAGAUAUAAUUCGAGAGUAAUUAGCUACGACAGAUCGAGGAGGCAGGAUUACUACAGAAAUAGUGGCAAAGAUCUAACUAGUCAGUCCGUGAAAGAGGACUCGAAGGAGCACGUGAAUCAAGUACGAGCCACUUCGAAGACUGAUAGACCUGAUUCGGUGAAGGAUAACACGGAGGUGGAGCAAGAGAAAGAGAAGGGAAAAUUGGAGAGUGUGCAGGACAAAGAUCCGGCAGGCCGCAAGAAGUUGAAGAGGAAGAGGUCUUUGUCGAGUUCCAGUUCGUCCAGUAUCAGCAGCAGUAGCAGCACCAACAGCAGCUCAAGUAGUUCCAGUAGCAGCAGCGACAGCACCAGUGAUACUAGUAGCAGCAGCAGCACCACCACCACCGAGAGUUCCGAGGACGAAAAGAAGCGGAAGAAGGCGAAGAGGAAGAGCAAGAAGCUGAAGAAAGCGAUGAAGAAGCGAAAGAAGAAAAAACGAAUGAAGAAGAAAUUGAAGAAGAAGCUGAAGAAGUCUGCGCACAAGAAGAAGGGGCACGGUAAAAGGAGGGCUGACGAGGACAAAGAGGCUCAAAGCAACAGGGAGACUAUGAACAAGAUUAUACCAGAAAUUAAAAAGCUGACGGAGAAAGCGAGAGCCAUGGCACCCAUGACGAAGGAAGAAUGGGAGAAACGGCAGAGCAUCAUACGCAAGGUGUACGACGAAGAAACAGGGAGAUACAGAUUAAUCAAAGGUGAUGGAGAAGUUUUGGAAGAGAUAGUAAGUCGAGAACGUCACAAGGAAAUUAACAAACAAGCGACCAAAGGGGAUGGCGAAUACUUCCAGGCACGUCUAAAAAGAUGAGAAUGUAAAAUAUUUUUACAUAUAAAAUACACUUACAUUGUUACCUAUUAUUGGUAUCUGAUAAUAUACUGUUUUGUAUUGCCAGUUCAAAAGCAUUUAUCUACUGAAAAUACAUGUGCUCGUACAUUAUAAUCGUAAUUAUAUUUGACAGCAGUGUGAGUGCAAUUCAAUAUUAAGUUUAGAUUUUUAUAUGGCUCACACAUAAUGUAACACGAUAUAUUCGAAAUAAAAUUUUCUUAUGCAUGAGUA